CAGGCUGUUGGGAGAGACGGAGGGAGGCGACGUAACCGGGUUCUGCUAUCCCAUUUUACUGCUUCACUCACCCUGGAGUGUCGGGACCUAUUUUCUCCGUGCGUGCUCCUUGCGUUAUACAAGGAGGCCCUCACUCCGUGCUCCCGGAACAGCCCGGCUCGUCGGAAUAAAGGGUCUGGGCGGAACAGGGGGGUCUGCCCUUUACGGUGACUUUCUAAAAGACACCACCGGUGUCUUUUGCCAGUGCAGCGCCUGGGGUGAGAGGCGGAGAGGAGGUUUGGAUUACUAAACCCACUACUUUUUUUUCUUUUUUUUUUUUUUCCUUCUGGUCAUCCGGAUUUCUUUCCUGCGCCCCCUCCUCCGCACCUUCUCUCUUUUCCUCCCGCCUUUAGCGAAGUGAGACAGGCAACACCUGCUCGCUUGUGUUUGAUUUUGGAACUCGCACCUUCUCGGUGGUGACGGUGGCAGCCGUCUGGGGACAGGGGACAGCGGCGGAUUUCCCUUCCUUCCAGCCCACGAUGCCUAGGGGGCCAGCGGCUGGGCUGCGUGGGGCUCUGCCCGAAGCACUUCGAGGCGGGAUUGAGGGGCUGCACCUGGCUAGGGGUUGCUGCUAAGUGGACCGGGCGCCAAGUCUCCGAAAGGGCAGCAGCUGGGACCGAGGUGCUAAAAGCGGGAACAAGGGGCACCUGAUCCGAGGAAGCUGACGUCUUGAGGGCGGAGGACCGCCGAGUGCAGAGCCUCCCCUCCCUGCUGCCCCGAACCUCCCCUGCGAGUCCACCACGUUGGAGACCUGAGACCUGGGAGAGCCGGGGAACGGGAGAAGUACGGGGCAGAGACUGCUUUCCUGAAGGUGAAUCGUUCCGUCCAAUUGCCUUUCCCCAGAGAGCCAAAGGGAGGGCGGGAGAGGGGGCCGGAGGAUGUGUGUGUGUGCGUGAGAGGGGGAGACGACGUGAGGCGAGAGGAAAAGUCUUGACUCGGCGUUCAAAGCAAACAAAUCAGAUAUGGAGUAGGGCAGGUAAUUGCUGCAAGACAGCCUCGAUUCUCGCAGUCGGGGGAGCCGAGCGCGCCCCGCGCCUCCGACGAGGACCGCGGGCGACCGCGGGCGCAGGCCAGGGCUGCGGGACUUCGGCUUUGCCUCGGUGAACACAUCUUUUGAUUACUUUGACACCGUGGAAUAGAGAGCGGGGAAAGAGAGCCGAGGCUCGGGCGCUCCGCCUUGCACCCGCUCUCAGGGGACUCCAGUUUGGAUGUCAAGAGAUUCCUGAACCCUCUUUGCGAUCGGAGGAGGAAACACGCGCGCGCGCACACACGCGCGCUCAGGGCCCCACUCACACGCCCUCCACGAGCACACACCGCCAGACUUGGGUUCCCUAUGCCCCAGAACGGCGACGGCGGAUUGGCAUCUCGGAAGCGAUGCAAGCGCGAUAAGGCUGGCGCCGGCCCGCAGAAGCUGCAGGACCAUCGCUAGGUGUUGCCGCCACCAGGAAGCCGGGCUGCAGGAUGAGUAAGAGAUACUUACAGAAAGCAACAAAAGGAAAGCUGCUAAUAAUAAUAUUUAUUGUAACCUUGUGGGGGAAAGUUGUAUCCAGUGCAAACCAUCAUAAAGCUCAUCAUGUUAAAACGGGCACUUGCGAAGUGGUGGCACUCCACAGAUGCUGUAAUAAGAACAAAAUAGAAGAGCGAUCACAGACAGUCAAGUGCUCCUGCUUCCCCGGGCAGGUGGCAGGCACCACGCGAGCAGCUCCGUCUUGUGUGGAUGCUUCAAUAGUGGAACAGAAAUGGUGGUGCCAUAUGCAGCCAUGUCUUGAGGGAGAGGAAUGUAAAGUUCUUCCAGAUCGGAAAGGAUGGAGCUGUUCCUCUGGGAAUAAAGUGAAAACAACUAGGGUAACCCAUUAACAAAGGAUAAAUCAAGUGAUCCUCAAGCCUGAUUACAUUGAACACAUGCACAGAAACUUAAUUCCUGAGGUGAUCUUGAAGGGAGAUUUUCAUAUCGCUCACAAGAGGCACUGCAGAGUCUUAUUUCCAAGGGAUUUCAUGGCUCAUAAUCAGCCUCUUCUUGAAACCGAGACUUUUAAAAAGUCAGACAUGAACUUCUAUGUCAUGAAGAUUUUGUCAGAUUUGAACUGUGUUCAACUUGUAAAAUUGCAUUUACUAAGAGAAUUUGAAUUUGCCAUCUGAAGAGCUGGUGUUUCCAGGUGAUGUUAGACACUCACCUUUAUGGUUCUUGGCCUCAAGUGUGACUGUUUUUCUUGCUUCUGAAAGUCUGCCAAGUGCACCUGCCUGCAGCCAUGGAUGUGUUCCUGGGUCUGGUCCUGUGUUUAUUGGCGGGUGGGACUGCACCCAGCUUUACUGACAUUUUCUUUGGGAACUUCUCCUCUGGCAUGGUGUAGACUGAGAUGAUUUUAUUUGUAACCUAAUCGUGGAGCUCUGAAAGCCUACAUGUUUUAACAUCUUAAAGUUGCUUUUGUUAAAGGAAUGGAAGUAUAUAUCCAUUGAUAAUAAUUAUUGUUGGCAAGUAAUAGUUAUCUGAAUACAUCAAUCAUAUAAGAAUGUAUAGACAAGCUGACAUGUUUCCCCAAGGCUAACAUACUACUGCAGCUCUCUGUCAGUUAAAUAGGUAGUAGUUAGAACUGAAUUUCCAUUUUCAUUAUAUGCUAUUUUGUACUUCUAGAGUACUCUCCCUCUUGGUUGUUUUGUUUUGUUUUUUAAGUGGGCUUUUUCUUUUGUUUAUAUUUACUUUUUCCCUUCACAGAAAUCAGCAGUGAGCAGUCAAGUAUGUAGGUAGCUUUCAGUUUCAAAAAAUCUCCAGGGAUGCAUGUGGAUUUCUGAUUUCUUAGCUUGAGAGUUAUUCACUUAAGAUUUCUUCUAGUAAAUUUUUUUUAACUGUCCUAUCAUUUUAAUAGACUGUCCCUUGCUCGCUCCCAAUGACUGUUUGAAUGCUUAUAUAUUUGUUUGUUCAGUCUGUUAAUAGAAUUGUUCAUUUUCCUUGGUCUUGAAUUUAUAAAUAUUUGCUUAUAGUUGUCCCAUUCAAACAAUUUCUUAGGUCAGUUUCUGUCCACAGUUUUGUAGUCAUUUUAACAUUUUUUGUUUUUCAGUUCUACAGGAAAGUCUUACAAAUAUUUAAAAGCCUUAAACAUGUAUGUACUUUUUUUCUAAGUUAUUAGAGAAUGUAUAAUUUUAUACUACAUUUAUUUUAUUUCAUUUGUCAUGUGAAGGUAGAGAAGAAUUGAAAAUGCAUAGCCAUUCUGUAAUAAUAUUGUGUAAAUGUAUAGUUGAAGGGAUGUAACCAGAGAGACUUCUUUGUUUACGCAUCUUAACCUAAAAGGAAGGUACUUCAUAAAUUGUCCUAUUAGAAGUUCCAUUAUGUUAGAAAAAAUGUGACCAUCUUUCAUAUUUUUAAAACUCACUGACAUGGUCAAUUAAGUCUAUGCUGGUUUCCAUGAUGGAGGCUGACAUACCUUGGAGAGUUUUGGUCUGUUAGUUGGCAACGAAUUUCAAAGACCAGUACAUUACCCAGAAUGUCUUCUGGGCAGAAAAAUUGAAAAUGUAAAAUUUGUCAAAAGUCAAAUUUGUAAAGUAUAGUUUGGACAGUGAACCAAAGUGUAUUGCCCCACAAGUCCAUGGGAUGAAAUGACUUCCUCCCUCCAUAUUAGUUAUACAUAAAAUUAAUUAGAUGACUCUGAGUGGAUUUUGCAAUAGUUCAAGACUGUAUGAAUUCAGAAAGAAAAAAAUAACAAUUGUGCUGGAAUUUUUGCAUCAAUUGUAACAGCAUUAAUUUCUUUGGAGCAAAGCAGAAACCUGUAUUAUUUUGGAAAUUAUGAAUUUGUCCUAGAUUUGUUUGAAAUUGUACAUCAUGCUUCUCAUUUUUUUUUUAACUGAGUCCUUUAAAACAACACUGGAAAUUCUGUAUUAUAUACAAGUGUAACACAUGCAUAUCAAUAGAAAAAAAUAAAUGGAAUUUCAAAUAUACUAACUAGAUUAUCCCCAGUAGAUUAAUGUUGUGACUAUUCAGAAAAGGUAAAUAAAAUUGGGAUAUAAAAUGGA